AUGGCCAAUCCUCUUACCUCUGUCAUGGAUUUGAUGCGGCGUCUACCGCCGCAAAAGAUUAAUCAUACUUUGGUGGAUGUAAUCUCACUUAAACCAGAACACUGUGAAGAUAUUUUAAGCUCAGUGGACCAACCUUUAAAGAUAGCGAGAGAUGUCCAUGCUGAUCGUGAUUAUUUAUUAUGCGAUUAUAACCGAGAUGGUGAUUCUUAUCGAUCACCUUGGUCAAAUACCUAUGACCCACCACUAGAAGAUGGAGCUAUGCCAAGCGAAAGUCUUCGUAAACGAGAAAUAGAAAUUAAUACAGCUUUUGAUCAAUACAGAGAAAUGUAUUAUGAGGGAGGGAUAUCUUCAGUUUACCUAUGGGAUAUGGACCAUGGAUUCGCUGGCGGUUGUUGGGACUCAAUACAUGUUAUUGAUGUUGUUGAAAGGCCUUCCGCUAAAAUAUCCUUAUAUAAGCUUACAAGUACCGUUAUGUUAUGGCUUCAAACUCAACGAGAAUCUGCAGGUUAUUUCAAUCUCGGUGGUAGUCUUUCAAGAUUCAGUGAACGUGAACUUCCUUUGGGAGACUCAGGUGUUCCAAUAACUACGUCACAUAUCGUUAAUAUUGGACGUAUGGUAGAAGAUGUUGAAAACUCAAUCCGCUCAACGCUCAAUGAAGUAUAUUUCGGUACAACCAAGAAUAUUGUUGACUCAUUACGUUCUAUCGUACCUGCUUCAGAAGAGGAAAAACGUCGGCGCUUAGUUCAAGAAGUACACACAGCCUUACAAAAUAAGUCCCAGUCAUAG